UAAAGCAGGAUGGUAUUUUGAAGUGGCGCACGCUCAUUAACUAUUUAUGAGCCUGAUUCCAAGACCUUUUUUGAACUUCAGAACUGAUAGAAGAUAAGAGAUUACAUCAGGAUGGAUGAAAGUGAUGACAAGCAGCAAAUAUUAACGAUUCUUUCAUGGAAUGUAAAUGGUUUUAACCAUAAAAAAUCUGAGAUCUUUCAUCAUUUAAGUCUUCUAAAUGCCGAUGUGGUAUUUCUUCAAGAAACUCAUGUGGGUCCAGAUAGAAUCUACUCAACAGGAAGCAUUAAAAUCGAGGCUUUAGAAUGCAAUUAUGACAUGGCGGCAUUCACGGUAUUCAAAGGAAGUUCACGUGGAGUGGCCGUACUGUUCAAAAAGAACCUUGGAUGUGGUGGUUUCAAAGUUGAUGGUGAUAUCAAAGGAAGAUACAUAAUAAUCUCUUGUCAGAUUUGUGGGCACGAUUUUGUGUUUAUCAAUGUAUAUAACUCAAAUGAUGAAAAAAUUAUGUUUAAACAGUUUGCACAUUUUUCUACCCAAAUCCCACCAACAGCAUUUCUUGUGGUCGGUGGGGAUUUUAACACCGUAAUGGAUGCUGAUCUUGACAAAACAUCAAAUUUAAGAAACCGAAGUCACAGAAAGUCUUUUGAUUCUCUGCAGAGUUUUUUGGAAACUUUCAACUUGGUAGAUGUCUGGAGAUGCGUUUACCCUGAGAUAAAAAGCUUUACAUACUUUGAUGGGAAAGGACAAUCAAGACUAGACUACUUCUUUUUGCAAAGUCACAAUUUAACAAGCGUGACUGCUUGUCGUAUUUAUGAAAGACCACAGUACACAGAUAAAGAAGACUACGUCUCUGAUCACGCACCUUUAUCCAUUCAGAUUCAGGUAGAUGGAACAAAAAUGCAGUUUGACUCUUUUCUUCUCAAAGAUAAGGCCUGUAUGGAACAAAUCUCAAGGACAAUAAAGACAAUUUCAGGUAUAAAGACCAAAAGGAAAAGAGAUCUGUGGCCAGGAGUGAAGGUCAGACUCUUCUGUGAGGCAAUAGCCUUGCAAAAUCUGUCAAGAUGUUCAGACACAAUGCAAACCUUUGAACUUCCUGAAGAGUUGGAACACAUGGAGCCAGGAGUGUGUUCGUUUUCAGAAUCAUACAUUGAGGUUCUCCAUACAUCAAAUGGUUCCUGCACAUCCAGGAGUCUUCUGAACUUCCUUGAUCAUUUACACCAAACAGAGAGAUUUGAAGAAAUUAAAUUAACACUGAAUGCUGUUUUAUGUGAAUCUGUUUCGAGGAAGGAAAUCCUGGUCUCUAUACUCUCCCUGCCUCAGUCUGAUUGUCUAACAUCAGAUGGAUUAACAGUACAUUUCUAUAUACACUUUGCAAGUAAACUAGUUGACCUCCUGCAAGGCUUUUUCAACCAAAUCCUUGAUCUCAAGCCUAUAAAAUGUUUAGUUAUUGAAUCACCAAGCCAGGGCAACUAUGAUCAUACCUACUGCUGUAGCAUUCAGCAUUACUGCAGUCCGAUUUCAGUGAUUAAUGUGGAUUAUAAAAUUCUGGCUUUGAUUCUGGCUGACAGGUUGAGUAGUGUUAUUAAACAUGUUCUAAAUCCAGGUCAAAGCAACCCACAUGCUUCUGUUCAAGACUUCACUAGUGCUCUCCAAAUUCCAAUGCUGAUUGUUACAUUAAAAGUAGACCCAAGUGCAUUGAAGUGGCCCUAUUUGUUUAACAGCUUAAAGUCAGUGAACCUUCCUGACAGAUUUAGAUCAGUACUGGAGCUGUUGUUGAUGACAGAGGGAGGUGUAAAUAGUCAUCGGCACACUAGAUCAGAUUCGCCAUAUUGCCCAACACAAGGUCUAAAGGAAGAGUGCCCAUUGACUCCAUUACUAAUAAGCAUCUGCCUUCAUCCUCUUAUCUACUCCAUAAACUGUGAGCAGAUGCUUCUGGGACCUACAGUCCAAGGAGAAAUCCCAAAGUCAGUCAUUGACAAAGACAGAGCCUUUAUUUUCCUUUGUAAUACCAGUGAGACUUUGGAUAGUUUUGAAACGAUGCUCCAUGAUUUUACAGAGACAUCAGGAUUUAUUAUAGAUGACAGAUACUCUGAGGUAUUCGUAGCAGGCACCUCUAACUUCAGUUUAGGCAAAGACAGACUUAAGCUGUUUAAGAGAACAGACAAUGGAUUUCAUUGUGAUUACUUUGCAGACUCAAGAGAUUGUGGCAUUGUACAAGAGGAAAGGGUUUUCAAACAGUCAAACUGACUGUGUAAAGGGGUGUUCACACUACCAGCAAUUAAACCACCCGUCUCCAAGUCUCUGUGCUGUUGCUAGUUGGCAUACCUACUCAACAGCUGUUUAAAAACUAUGUCAAGCGGUGUAUCAUCUUCUACACUCCCGUUGGUAGUUGCCACAUCGUAUGGCUGCUCAUUUGCACAAGUUCUAGCUCUGCUCAACAUUGUUGUAUUGCCAAUGGUCACUAUUGAGCUUAGAACUGCCCCUGAUUAGUUCAUCAAAAAGAAAUCACAUUACUAUUUCAUUUUAAACUACUUUCUAAGAAACUCUAGAAGUUCUCUGCACAGUAAAGUUUAUAUUUCCUCCUUUUUUAUUGUUUCACGCAAGUCAAACACUCAGCACCACAUGUUUCCCCAUUGUCUGGCUGCCACAGAUACAAAAAUAGACAUACAUAUGAACAUAAUUCAUGUAUUACAUGUAUUCUACAUAACUUUAUUUCAGUAAAAUCUGUUAUCUAUGUAAUGUACUGUGAUGUAAAGUUAUUGAAAGUCAGUGACUGUAAUCUGAUUACAAGAAUUUUAAAUGUACAGUUUACACUAUUUUUGCACUAAAAAGUAAUUGGAUUGCAGUAAUUAUAUGUAAUCAGAUUACACCCAAAUCUGAUCACUAAUCCUUUAAUCACACCAUACAUCAUAAGAAAAGAGAAUGGAUUGCCUUUGUACUUCUGAUUCAACAGACCCAUCUACUGGUGGAUAAAAAUUUGUAAAUCACUGGCAGAAACUAAAAGCAAUUGGAAUUAUUUGAGGGAAUCUGGGAAUAUUUUGUGAUUUGUUCUGGUUUGUCAUUUUUUUUUUUAUUUGUUUAAGUUUCAGAAUAGCAAACUUUUUUACAUUUAAAUUUAAUUUGUCUUAGUUAGCCACAAUUUUUUGUAACUUACUUUGAUAUUAUUUUAUGCAUUUAGUUGUAUACUGUAUGUAGAAAAUACGGUAAAAUAUGAACUCUUUAAAAACACAAAUGUUCGUAUUUUUAAAUUCAUGACUUCUGUU